CCGCCAUGGCGUUUGUGGCGCAGCCAGGACACGAACGGACUCUGAACAGCUUCGGGGUCCGGGGAUACAGCACUAUCAACCCAGAUGACUUCCGCCAUGCCCCAAUAUACGAGUCCAUACACGGCUACCGGCCAGCAUUCUCGUCCCGCACCACUGAUGAGCACACGAAAGCCUUUGUUGCCUGUGAGAUGGACAAAGAGGAGAAAGAUGCACAGGCCCUCUACUGGCGUGGUCGGGCAGACGAUGAUGCACGGUGGUAUUGGCGAGAGCACAAGAUCGACAAGCUCGGACGCGAGGAUACGCUGCCCUACAUCAGGGAGAGCCUCGAGUACAAAGACCCGCACUGCCCGCCGCGCAAUGCGUUGGCACACAUGCCGCACCCGUCCAAGCACGGCGUAGCGGCAGUGUUCUGCACAAACGGCAUCUGUGAAAACAAGGUGUGCGUCCGCUGCGUCGCCAGCUGCCCACUCGGCUUUGCUGUGAGACCCGAUCGGAUGGUCAAGUUUGACGCGGGCAGGCGUGUUCAAGAGAUCACCAUCAAACAGUACACACCUGAGCAGGCACUCACGCUUGUGCGCCGCCCAGUAUCCUACGAGUUGUAUCGUUUCGACCCAACUUUCACCGACUGGCAACUGUGGUACCAAUACGACUACCGGUUCAACUCGAAGAUGACUGAGCCGCUAAUUCGGCUGACAACACCUGCACGGCUGCACGCUGCUGCCAUGAGCGACUGUGGGGCGGGCCAGGUUGUGAUUGCCACCAACAAGCGCGUCUCGCUCAUUGACGUGUCUGCUGGCAGUGCGCGCACGCGCGGGAGCGUCCGCGUUCCAGACACGGUGGACAUGUGGUCCUUUGCAGACCUGCUACCCUCACAGCAGCCGCACGUGCAGCUGCUCUGGUCGCCGGGUGGCGUGCACGCGUGCGACUUUCGCAUGCGGGAGAUGACGCAGAUCACGUCGUACGACGCGUGGCACCACACCGUGGCCGAGAUUCGCCGCAACAACUACCAGCCCGUCUCCGGGUUCACGUGUGCCGCGUCGCUUGAGAGCACAGGCAUGGAUCAUCUGACCGUGGGCGUGACGCAAUCGCACAUGCACGCCAUCGACAUUCGCAACGGGGCGGCGCCUGCCCUGACCAUUGCGCACGACUGCGCGUCCCGCAUCACCAUGAUGCAAGUCGUGCCAGGCGCACGGGGCCGCGAGAGCGCCGGAUUUGAUGUCCUGUUCAUGGAGCCCGAGACACGUCGCAUCCUGACACAGCGGUUUGAGACGGGCGCCGUGCCCGCGGAAACGGUGCACAGGAACACGCUCACGCGCCUGGUGGACCCGUGGGGCAUGCGGGCCGUUGGCCAGCCAUGCCCGCUCGUGCACGCGGUGUUCCCACACAUCAACUCGAUGACCUGGCAGGCGAAAUUGGAGGCGGAGGCGCCGCUUCUCGGGUUUACGGGCUGGCGACUCGAGGACGCCACGCUCGCCGUGCUCGUGCAGACUGGCAGCGGCAGCAUGUUCACGGACCGCUUUAGGGACGCGCGGCCGGGCGUGGAGCACAGGCGCAUCGCGUAUCUUGAUGGCGAGGGCGUCUUUGGGCCGGGGCUCAAGCCGCGUGAGCUGUGGGAGGAAAGCGUCAAGCUGCUCUCCCACAGGCUUAACGUCGUGGGCCGCUUUCUCGCGUGCAAGACAGUCAAGUCCCAUUCUGGAGCGUGGAUGGUGUGGGCGUGGCAGUGGGCGUUGCACAUUGGCGUGAUUGAGCGCAUGCACACUUGUCUUGGCUGGAAGCCCGCAUACCGGACUGGCAUCAAGGGCCACACCUGCCUCGCCUGGCUUGCACAAGUAUGCAAGUAUUGGAUUCGCGGCCAGCGUCGCCAUGUUGAGAAGCACCUUCUCAAGUGUAUAAGCGAGGAACAGAAACGUCUCGGAUCCAACCGCUUUCCUAUGCCGGAAGAGGUGGCUCGGCACAUUUAUCUGCCGAAGAAGCGCGUCGUCUACACGCUUGAAGAGGCCACAGCAAACUUCGACCAAGAGCGUCUCAACAGCGUGGGCGAAGACCUCGAGAUUACCAUCUUCGACCAUUCUGCGGGCAUUGCGCUGCCCACAGUGCUUGUGUACCACCGGCACAGCCCGUCGUGCAUUGUCAAGUUUGAGCCCUCGCUCGACUACUCUGUGUACCGCCGGAAGGAGAAGGCCCUGCGGAACAUGCGGGAGUGGUAUCGCCGAAAACUUGAGAAGCGCCGAGCGCAGGGCAAGGCUGUUGGCAGUGAGAAGAAGGGCGAUGUUGGUGGUGGCGAUGAGAAUGAUGGUGGGGGUGGUGAGGGUGAAGGUGACAGCACCGAAGGGGACGGGAGCGGUGCGGUUUCGGUGACAGCAGACAUGGCAGAGCAGCCAGCGUCAGGCGCACACGGUGCUGACGUGGACGCAGAGGACGACGAUGAGGACGGGAUGGCCGGGCUCGCCGCUGACAGCGAAGAGGACGACGACGAAGAGAAAGAAGAAGAGGAGGAGGAAGAAGAGGAGGAGGAAGAAGAGGAAGAAGAGGAAGAGGGCAGGAUGCAGGAUCCACUGAGCCAGGCGUUAUCACAGUCGUUUAGUGGCGACUUUGGCGGGGGCGACUUGCUGUCACAGACACUGUCUCAGUUUACGCAACCAUCGGCAUCACAGAUGAACAGCAGCUUGUAUGCCAUGGACACCAGUUUACGUUAUGAUGGCGAAGACGUGGUUGUGCACACGCAGGAGGCAUCGCAGUUCCAACGCGACCCCGGCUUGCUUCUUGAUGCCCCUUUGAGCGUGCAAGGGCUGGACUACCUGUGGAUGCUGGAUACAGACGCCAUCACGACGGGGGCGUCCAUUGCCGACCUUGUGCCUCCUGCACGCCUCAAUGCACCCGUGGAGCCGUGGGAGCCCGAUGACGACGACGACGACGACGACGGUGGCGACGACGCUACCGACAGCCAUCGCCGGAAAGGUGGCAAGGGCGGCAAAGGGAGCACGGAUGAGAAGACAGAGGGCGGUAAUGGCGGCGCGGAAGCCGCCUCCACUUCUGCUGCAGGCCGUGAUGAUGAUGACGAUGAUGAUGAUGAUGAUGAUGGGGGAGGUGGUGUUGGUGGCUUGCUGAUGCGUGAUGCUGCGGUCGCUCGAUCCGUGUCGUUUGUGCCUGACAAUGAUGGCGACGACGACGACGAUGAUGAAGCUGAUGAUGAUGAUGAAGGUGAUGGCGAUGGCAAUGCUGACAUCGGCACGGGUGCUGCGCGUGGAGAUGCGAUGAUGGAGGCCAUCGUGCAGCGUCGGGAGCAGCUGUCUGCGUCUCAGGGCCCAUCCGCGCUGGCGCGCAGCAUCCUGCACAAGCAGCACCGGCGAGGCCGCGGGACACGCUCUACUCGGCGCGGCAGCGGCGGCAGGGGCAGCGGUGCACGCGGUGGAUUGCGGGGGGCACCACCACGCAUCGCUUCUGCAGCAUCAUCCUCAUCCUCGUCCUCGUCCUCGUUCUUGGUGCAGCAGCAUCCGCUGCGCAGAAGCACCAGCAAGCGAUAGCAUGUAGUGUAUGUUGUGUGUGUAUGUUGUGUGUGUGUGUGUUGUGUGUGUGUGUGUUGUGUG